CGGGGAGCGCGCUCCUGCGGCGGCGGCGGCAGCGGCGGCGGCGGCGGCGGCCGUGCUCAUCCCGGCGGCCCAGCGCUCGAGUGCACGCGGGGCUUCGCAAAUGGCUUGUCCCGCUCUGGGUCUGGAAGCUCUUCAGCCUCUGCAGCCGGAGCCGCCCCCCGAGCCUGCUUUUUCGGAGGCGCAGAAGUGGAUCGAGCAAGUAACGGGCAGAAGUUUUGGUGAUAAAGAUUUUCGGACAGGAUUAGAAAAUGGAAUCCUUCUCUGCGAGUUGCUGAAUGCUAUAAAGCCAGGACUUGUUAAAAAGAUCAAUAGAUUGCCUACCCCCAUUGCGGGAUUGGACAAUAUCAUCUUGUUCUUGAGAGGUUGUAAAGAGCUUGGCCUUAGAGAAUCUCAACUUUUUGACCCUAGUGACCUACAGGAUACGUCCAACAGAGUAACAGUCAAGAGCCUUGAUUACAGUAGGAAACUGAAAAAUGUACUAGUUACCAUUUACUGGCUGGGAAAAGCAGCAAAUAGCUCAGCGUCCUAUAGCGGCACAACACUGAACCUGAAGGAGUUUGAAGGCUUGCUGGCUCAGAUGAGAAAGGAGACUGAUGACAUUGAGAGUCCGAAACGUAGUAUCCGAGACAGUGGCUACAUAGACUGCUGGGAUUCCGAGCGCAGCGACUCCCUGUCUCCCCCUCGCCACGGCAGAGAUGAUUCCUUCGACAGCCUGGAUUCCUUUGGCUCCCGUUCCCGGCAGACCCCUUCACCAGAUGUAGUCCUCAGGGGAAGCAGCGAUGGGAGAGGAAGUGACUCUGAGUCCGACUUGCCACAUCGGAAGCUGCCAGACGUGAAGAAGGAUGACAUGUCUGCGAGGCGGACUUCCCAUGGUGAGCCGAAAUCAGCAGUGCCUUUUAACCAGUACCUCCCGAACAAAAGCAAUCAGACGGCCUACGUCCCCGCUCCUCUGAGAAAGAAGAAAGCAGAGCGAGAGGAAUACCGGAAGAGCUGGAGUACUGCCACCUCCCCCCUGGGUGGGGAGAGGCCCUUCAGCUAUCCUGAAACAAUAGAGGAAGAGGGAAGUGAAGUGGGGUCUCCUUGUGAAGAGGACCCAGUCAGCCCAGUGGAUCCUGGUGGGAAGCCUUCCGAUGGUGGGUUAGAAUUACCCACUGGCAGUGGCCAGAAGCAGCCUCCUCCAGAGGGGGCUGUGGUGGCGCCAGCUCCCAAGUCUGAAGAAAAAGAUGCUGUUGAAAUCCAAAAGCGCCGAAGGCUAGAACAAGCUGGAAUCAAGGUCAUGCCUGCGGCGCAGCGCUUUGCCAGUCACAAGCAAUUAAGUAAUGAGAAAGAAGCUGUUCAUGACAUUAUCCUUCGCAAAGAAAACCCUUUCCUGACCCACCAACGGGGCAAAGAUUCAGAGUCAGAAGAGAAAGUUGCGUGUCGGCGGCCUGAUCUUGAGAAAGAUGACUUCGCUGCAAGGAGAGCGAGGAUGAACCAGACCAAGCCCGCAGUGCCAUUGAAUCAACUCCUCUAUGGGCCUUACCGAAAAAAAGAGGCAGAGAAAUCAGAGAGCAGCAAACCGCUCUCAAAGGGAAUUUCAGAAAAGAAAAGUCUAGAAUAUAAAAGAAACCAGGGCCAAACAGAAGAGGUGAAGUCAAUGGUGACCUGUACUACUCGGACUCAGGAGAGUGAACCAGCAGAAUUGGGAGUGAGGAAGGUGCCAGAUCUUUACAGGGAUGACCUGGCUCAGCGGAGAAUUCAGGGCCACCUCGCCCCUCACCAAGAGGCUCCGAGAUUUGUCACAGUCUCCGAUAUCACCGAAGCUGACUUGGAGACAUGGGAGAGACUGAAAGUGUCAGAAAAGACGAGGGAUGGAGAUGUUGAGCACAUCUGUGCCCCUGAGCCUUCACCAGAAAUUAAAGCAGAAACUGCCAUUCGUGAUGAUUUUGCCAGCCGCAAAGCGAGGGCCUAUAAGAAAGCUUCCAGCCCCCGGCAGAAGUUUGUGCACUUUGGACCUGUGACAGAGAUAGAUCAGCAGAAAUGGAAGCGGCUCAGCAUUGGCCAGGCUGGGCCUAGGGAGGAGGUGGAAGAAGUCCUCAGUCGUGGCAGCAAGACUGAAACUUACUCUGUCCCCCCUUCCUCCGCGGCCACGUCCAGUUUAGAAAAAGACCAAAUGCUUACUCCACAAAAUGACCCCAGAAUAGUGAAUUCUGGUGUCGCCGACUAUUGCAAAAGGGUCUCGCGGCUGGCUUCUGUGCUGGAGACCCAGGAGGAGCAUGUGUGCGGUUUGAGCGAGUGCCCGGGGACAGAGGAAGCGACGAGCAAACAGCUGCCACAGGUUGGCAAAGAAGAGAAGGAAGGAGCUGCUCAAAGAGAUUCUGUGAGGCCGCCAAAGGCUGAAAGAUCAGAGGAGAGCGGCCAGCCACUUUUGUGCCCCCCGGCCUCUGAAUGCAAGACUUCAGGGACCGAAGAGAGCUCGGAGAAGAUGACAGCUCCCGCCAGGAGCGGCAGCGGACUGAAAGGCCGAGGAAGGUUGUAUGAUUCACAAAAAGAUGACAUGAUGGUCAGGAGAACCGGGAUGUCUCUUAGACACAUUGGAUCCAACGUAAACCAGUUCCUUCCAGUUCCAUUUGCAAAGCGACAGGGUGUGGAGGCGUCUGCCAGGGGUCCACCAUUGAAGGAUAAGAGAUACGGUCCGAGAACUCCUGUGUCUGAUGACGCAGAGAGCACGAGUAUGUUUGACAUGCGGUGUGAGGAGGAGGCCACGGUGCAGCCACACAGCAGGGCCCGCCAGGAGCAGCUGCAGCUGAUAAAUAACCAGCUGCGGGAAGAGGACGACAAAUGGCAAGAUGACCUGGCUCGUUGGAAGAGCCGUAGAAGAAGUGCUUCUCAGGACUUAAUCAAGAAAGAGGAAGAAAGGAAGAAAAUGGAGAAGUUACUGGCUGGAGAGGACAGAACAAGUGAACGAAGGAAAAGCAUCAAAACCUACAGAGAAAUUGUUCAAGAAAAGGAGCGGAGAGAGAGGGAGUUGCAUGAGGCCUAUAAGAAUGCACGGUCCCAGGAAGAGGCGGAGGGGAUCCUUCAACAGUACAUCGAGAGGUUCACCAUCAGCGAGGCUGUUCUUGAACGCUUGGAGAUGCCAAAAAUUCUGGAAAGAAGCCAUUCCACAGAGCCAAAUUUAACCCCCUUCCUGAACGACCCUAGCCCCAUGAAGUACCUGCGGCGACAAUCACUGCCCCCACCCAAAUUCACUGCCACCGUGGAGACCACCAUUGCUCGGACCAGCGUUCUGGAUACCAGCAUGUCAGCAGGCAGCGGGUCUCCAAGCAAAACCGUCACCCCCAAAGCAGUGCCUAUGCUGACACCCAAGCCUUACUCCCAGCCCAAGAACUCUCAAGAGGUUCUGAAGACCUUUAAGGUAGAUGGGAAGGUCAGCAUGAAUGGAGAAACAGUUCAUGGUGACAAGAAGGAGAAGGAGAAAGAAUGUCCCAUGGUGGCACCUGCCUCCUCCUUAACAAAAUCCCAGAUGUUUGAAGGUGUGGCCAGAGUGCAUGGGUCCCCAGUGGAGCUCAAACAGGGCAACAGUAGCAUUGAGAUCAACAUAAAGAAGCCAAAUUCUGUUCCCCAAGAACUGAGAGCAACCACUGAGGAAACCGAACUGAACAGUCAAGAGGAUGAGAAUGAUGGCGAAGAAACACGGAAAGGGAAUACAGAACCUGCCUCAUCAGAACCCCAGCAUUUUACAACAACUGUGACUCGAUCCAGCCCGACUAUGCCCUUUGUGGAGUUUUCCUCCAGCCCCCAACUGAAGAACGAUGUGCCAGAAGAAAAAGACCAGAAGAAACUGGAAAAUGAGAUGAGUGGAAAGGUGGAGUUGGUGCUGUCACAAAAGGUGGUAAAGCCCAAAUCACCAGAACCAGAAGCAACCCUGACGUACCCAUUUCUGGACAAAAUGUCUGAAACCAACCAAUUACAUUUGCCAAAUCUCUAUUCUCAAGUGGAGUCUCCGGGCAGUGAAAAGUCACCUGUAACUACACCUUUUAAGUUCUGGGCAUGGGACCCAGAAGAGGAGCGCCGGCGACAGGAAAAAUGGCAACAGGAGCAGGAACGUUUGCUCCAGGAGAGAUACCAGAAGGAACAGAACAAGCUCAAAGAAGAGUGGGAAAAGGCCCAGAAGGAGGUGGAAGAGGAGGAACGCAGAUACUAUGAGGAGGAGCGCAAAAUAAUUGAAGAUACCGUGGUUCCAUUUACUCUUUCUUCAAGUUCUGCAGACCAGCUGUCUACAUCCUCCUCUGUGACUGAAGGCAGUGGGAAAAUGAACAAGAUGGACUUGGAAAACUGUCAAGAAGGAGAACAAGAGACAAGACAGAAGACACCACUCCAGGGGGACAACAAUGAUUUAUUGCUUAAGCCUCGGGAAAAUCAUCCACCAGAGGAAAUGGGCAGCCUAACUCAAGGGGCCUUGGCUCAUUCUAAGAAUCCUAUAUCAAAAGGAGUCCAUCAAGACCAUCAGCUGGAUACAGAAACUGGGGCCCUACACUGUGGGAUGAACUCACAGCUAGCUCAGGAUCCAUCCCAGAAUCAGCAGGUAUCGAACCCAUUGAUGCACAUUUUAGAAGAUAUGAAGCCAAAAACCCUCCCUUUGGAUAAAAGCAUUAACCAUCAGAUCGAGUCUCCGAGUGAAAGGCGGAAGAAAAGCCCUCGAGAGAAUUUCCAGGCUGGGCACUUGUCCCCUUGUUCUCCCACCCCUCCUGGCCAAUCACCAAACAGGUCCAUCAGUGGGAAGAAGCUGUGCUCGUCCUGUGGGCUCCCUCUGGGCAAAGGAGCUGCCAUGAUCAUCGAGACCCUCCAUCUCUACUUCCACAUCCAGUGCUUUAGGUGUGGAAUUUGUAAAGGACAGCUUGGAGAUGCAGUGAGUGGGACGGAUGUUAGGAUUCGAAAUGGUCUUCUAAACUGUAAUGAUUGCUACAUGCGAUCCAGAAGUGCUGGCCAGCCCACAACAUUGUGACGUGGUUUUCAAGCUUCCAGAUCACUCACCAUUUCUUUCUUGAGGGUGUCCCCUGGCGACCGUUUAACCAGAUCCCAAGUGCAGGGGCUUCUUGGCAUUUAUCUAAUUUCGGAAAGGCUGUUCUAAAAGAUGCUCUCUGUUCUUCUCUAGCGCAGCGUUUGUUUUCUUCCCAGCUUUUCGUUUUGGUUUUGAUUUUUGUUACAUUUUGGUUUUACAUUUGCACAGUCUAUACAAAAGAAUACGGAAGUGUCAUGAUCCUGUAAUUCACAAAACGGUCUUAGCGUGAGCCAACAGGCUUAUGGUUUCAAAUGUGUUCUUCUCUGAGAGUUCGUGAGAUGAAUGAUGCAAUUAUCCUGUUUUGUUUCAGUAGUUCUAGGAAUUAAACACUUCAUGUUUACAGAAUUGAGCUGCAGAAAGUGCAAGACAUGCCAAUUUGAGAUCUUUCGUCUUCUAACAGAAGCAUACGAUUCAUGCAUUUCAGAAACUAAAAAUCACACCGUAGAGCUCUGAGCUAUAACUUGUUUUUAAUGCAGAGACGCUAGUCUGAUAAUAUAUACUAUAAUCCCGAGACAUUUGUUACUUACCUUUGGAGGUAGAAGUCAUACCAAUAAAUUAUUGCACCGUUAGUAUUAGAUUUUGUGUGCUUUGGAAGUUCUGUGAUUCAUAGAGGCUGGCCCAUCCAAUAAAGCGAACCCUUGCAAUAUCAGCCAGACUUACACUGUGGGGACGUUGCCCAAGGGUAGGAAGAAACCGUAGGGAAAUAUUACAGUCAUCGUCUCCAAAGUUAUUACCAAAAUCUGUGAAGAAGUUUAAUCUCCAGAAGAGCGGUGGGUCAGUGACGGCCGUGAGGGCUUUGUUGCUUGCUUCUCUUCGGGCUGUAGAUUGAAUAAGAGACUCUGUAGGAGGCCUAGGGAAGCUCUCAUCAAGAUCAGCCCAUUGUGAGGUGUGACCAGGGCUCACCCUUGCCUGCAAGUUCUCCAUGAGGGCCCGAAGCAUAGGUGUCUGAAGCAAAGCAUCCUAGAAUCCAGUGACAUAUGUCGUGAUAAGCCACUGAUGUGCAAUCACCAAGAACCUCCAGCUCCCAGUGCACCUGGCCCACUGCAGUGGACAUCUGCUCUCUCCCAUUCUCCUGUAUCAUCAACACAAUUCUGCAAUUCUGGACCUUGCUCAUGGAGAAGUUUAGAGUGGAGCUCUUGUGGCGAGCUGGGUUAUUGUCUGCCCUGUGUGAUGAGUUUCCGCUGGCCAAGAAAGGAUUCAAGUUACUAAAAAAGCAUCAUGUUUUAGAUCUCCAGGCUGUUUUCUUUAAGACUGGGGAAAGGGGAACUAUUUAUUCUGCCUUAAAAUGAUGGCAAAUAAGUGAAGAUGACAUUUUGUGAAUGUAGACUAUGGAUAUACUCCGAAUAGGUUAAUGUAGUCAUAAAAGGAGAACAAGUAGAUGUUUUCUGUUUAUGUAAGCAAUAAUUUUUUUUCUGUGUCUUAUCGAGUAUGGCUAGCAAUUAUUUAUUUACAUGCUAGACUGUUCUCUGCAUGCGGGUUCCAUGUAAGUGCAGAAAUUUCCUCAGCCACUGGAGGUAUCUUGACCAUUUUGUCAUUUGGAUGAGCCGUUGUUAGAUUGAAAUUUACACAUCAUUUCAUUAAAAAAUUGUGCCUUAGAAAAUGCGAAGCUGUUGCACAUAGUCAGUGAUGAAUUAUGGACGCAGUACAUUGAAGAGAUGAAGUCACUUCCAAGUCACCAAGACUUCUCAUGGAGGUGUUUGCUGUUUGACAGGAAAAAAUAUAUAUAUAUUAAAAAAAGAAAAAGAAAAAUAGAAAAAUUAAAAAGUAAAAAGUUUUGAAAAUGUACAGAUUAAGUUCAAUAUUUUGAUUAACCACCUGCAUGUUUUAUUAAAUAUUUUGAUAAUGUGAUGUUUACACUUUGCAUGAUAUUAGCAGAGUACUUUACCACAAAUAAUGCACAAAACAUGUACAAUAUGAUCAUUCAUAACCGAUUUUUAUAGAAUACUUUUUACAUGUGGAACUCCAUCUGUUAUGUAAGGAUCAUAUGAAUAUUGCACAUUCUCCUCUGGUUUCACAAAUCCAUUUAUACAUAUUUCUUAGUGAGACUCAUUGUACAUGUAUUGAAGCCUGAAUCGAGUCAAGAAAAAUAAAGCCCCAUUCUCCAACUGCGCAAUGUGCUUUCCCAUAAUGAACAGUAGUCACCAGCGCAGAAUAAUCUCCAACAUUUUCUAAAUUCUAAUUGCCAACUGUUUCUAUUUAUAUUUGAUUUAUAUUUCAUUUGGAGUCUGUUACAUGGCAGCUCGGGCAGACUGGAUCUUGUUUUUUCCAAUGCAGCGUAACGAGUAUGAUCUAUUUCUUUUCAAAUAAUCUUCGGGAGCCGGGGGAACAAAUGCGCUGCUCUUGAGCUCUGUUGGAAAUGCAUUUGUUUAAAAAACAGGUGAGGCAAGUGAGUGAUUUAUUGCUCCUGAGGAAAUGUAUCUGAUUUUUUUCCCCUCAUACUCCAAAAGCUAGUCCUUUCUCUUUCUUAAGAAAAAAUGGGAAACUCUGUUUUUCACUAGCAAACUUUCAUGUCAUUUCCUCAUUCUUUCUAUGUAGUGUUAUUAAUGCAAUACAUAUUAUAGUUAUCUAUACACAGUGUAAGACUUAACAAACUGAAAUGAUCCACCUCAUAUGUGAGUCCGUCCAAAAGAUGUUACUGCUCUGGGUGGGCCAAUGUUCUAUAUCAGUUAUACUAACCUUCAUUUAAAAUAUUUAUUCUAAAAUGCCUCUGAGAAAUAGUAAAAAAAAAAAAAAAUUAAAAGUUGUCUAAAAUGCAACAGCUUUUAUAGUAAAUGUACAUUUAUAAAUAAAAUACUCAAAUCAA